AUGGCCCUAAAACUCGAAAUGUCAAAAGCUUUUGAUCUUGUUGAGUGGGUUUUCCUCGAUAGAGUUAUGAAACAAUUAGGGUUUAACUCUAAGUGGUGCAAUCUCAUACAUAAAUGUAUAUGUAAUACUGAUAUUCAAAUUCUUCUUAAUGGAUCUCUAGGAAAGGCAUUCAAACCAACGAUGGGAAUACGACAGGGGGAUCCCAUCUCUCUAUACUUAUUAUUACUUACAAUGGAGGUAUUCACUCGUGCCUUGGCCAAAGCAGAGUCUGAGAGGAAAAUUCAGGGUAUAAAGAUUUCGAGAAAAUCUCCACAGGUUACUCACUUAUUAUUCGCUGAUGAUUGUAUGGUUUUUGCCAAAGUGGAUAUUCAUAAUGUUACAAAUCUUCUCAACAGUGAAGACAAACUAUGGGCUCAGGAUCUAAAAGGAAGAUAUUUUCCAACUACUUCAGACUUGCAUGCAAAUAAAAAUAAGAAUUCUACUUGGUCAUGGCAAAGUAUACAUGGAAGCAUGCAAUUCAUAUUCAAACACAGUUUAUUUCUAGUGGGCAAUGGACAAAAAAUAUCGAUAUGGACUGACAUUUGGAUACAAGGUAAACAAGAACCACCAAUCCCAGUUGUAGAACUGGAGAUCGCUAAUACUUACAAUACAAUAUCUGAUCUAAUUGAUUAUGAUACCAAGUCAUGGAAGAAGAGAAUACUGCAAAGGGGAGAGGAUAGACUCAUAUGGACACUGACUAGGAAUGGCGUUUUUACUAUAAAGUCAGCAUAUCAAAGAUUAGUGGAGAUGAAAAAUGGAGCACCUGUAAUUGAUACAACAACAACAACUUUACCAAGGGUAAAACACUUUCUAUGGCAAUGUAUGGUUGAUAUUGUUCCUUCUAAUGAACGAAUGGGAAGGGUUCUUAACUACAGUGAGGAGCAAUGUAAAAUGUGCAAACAAGACAUUGAAACAACAAGGAAUAUGUUGUGGGAAUGCUCCUUUACAAGAGCCAUCUGGUUCACAACUCCAAGAGCUAAAAGAAGCAUGCGAAGCAAUAACUCUUCAGUACAGGAAUUGAUUCAAAGUUGGUUCGAUAAUGAGUUUAAUAAUUUGGUUGAAGACUGGACAGUAAAGAUGGAAAACACACUCUGGGAGAUUUGGAUUACAAGAUGGAAAAAGAUGCUGAAACAGAAGCACAAUGGAGAUAACAACAUGCAUCAUACUAUACAACUCUGGAAACCACCAUUAUCUCCUUAUAAUGCUUUUUCCUGUGAUGCAUAUUUCAAAAUUAUAAAUCAAAUUACUUAUUCAGGUUGGGGACUAAUUAUACGUUCUUUUGCAGGAGAAUUCAUCCAAGCAAGAUGCGGCUACUCCAAUGGACUCAUAAGUGCUGAAGAAGCAGAGUGCAUGGGUCUUCUGUACGCGACGCAGUGCGCGGAAGAUUUAAAUAUCCAGUUUUCGUUUUUUGAAAUGGAUGCAGAGUUGGUGAUCAAGGAAGUGAAUGGAAGUCUUCAUCAUGCUGCUUGA